GAGGAGUCAGUGACCCCGCCCCCCCUGGUAACUGUUGCUAAGAGACGGUAGUGUAGACAGAGGAGAGGAGGGAGCAGCAACAUGGCCGCACACUAUAGUGCCAACCAGUAUCAGAGUUCUUUCAACUCCAAUACACUGCAGAACUGGAACAUCCCCAAACCCUACAAAGAGCGGCCCUCCACCCACGAAGGCUACACGCAGUUCAUCGCUAAUGAGAGAGGCCAUCUGCUGCCGUCUGUCCCCAGGUCAAAGGCCAGUCCGUGGGGAACAUUCAUCGGAACCUGGGAUAUGCCCACAAGAAUCCCCCCCACUAAACUAAGCUUAACGUCCCGCUCAGCAGAUGCCUCAAAGCGCCUCGUAGACUGGAUCCAGGGAAAUGGACCCCUCAUCAGCGCCUGCAACGGGCUGCGGCCGGAUAUCACCGGCAAGAUUACCGAUGAGAAACAGGAACCCCAGAAGAAGAGCCCCAGCCCUAAGAGCCAAGGCGCUCCAGUCACCCCAACAAGAGAGGUCGCAGCCAAAACCCCACCUCGCUCUUCAGCUGCUAGCCCGUCUGGCUCUCACACAGCCAACAGGGCCAGCCCCAAAGGCCAGCAUGAAGAAGGGGAGAGGAAGGACGUGGAGCAGGCAGUGGAAUAGAAGGGACAGUAGUGGUGGCAUUACACUUUGUUGCACGUCACGUGGAUUAGUCAUAGAUCACAACUUGUGAACAAAUAAAGUGGCGUUUGUGCA